UGAAUUAUUUGAUAAGUUUCAAAGAGGAAAAUAAAAAAGAAUGAAAUAAUAAUGAGAGAGAAGAGACGGAGAAUUAAUUUAAAAAUUUAAAAAUUGCCGCUUAUUUGACAGUCGAUAAGGAAGGGAGGAGGGAAAGCGCGCGCGUGUUCCGUCGAUAAGUCAGUCAAUCAAUCAGCUGAUAGAAAUGCCGCUAAAUGUGAAGAAUGACAGAUAAAUAUACGCUCAUGCGCGUAUAUGUAUAUAUUAAUUGUCGAUUUUGUUGUUCAUUCUCUCUUUUAGUUAAUCAAAUAUUGUACUUUUAUUCGCGUAUCCUUGAUCAUCAUUUGCUAUCCCUUUUAUUAUAGUAAUUAUUAUGUUUAUACGAGAAAAAAAGAAAAAGAAAAAAGAGAAGAGAGAAAAAUCAAGUAAUUUGAUGUAUCGAAAAUUUGAACAAAAUUCAGUGAUAAAAAUACUCGUCGGUGUCACGAGAGAGAAACAGAGAGGGAGAAUAUAAUAAUGGCACGAUGUGUCUGUAUACAAAUCAAUUGAUUUAAAUAAACGUUAAAUUUGUCAUAGAUGUAUGAAGGAUAAAUUGUUGAUGGGAAAUUCCGUCUAGGCACGAUGUGUACCUUUUUUGCAUGGUUUCAUUUCAACCGAAAAUCUAAUCGUUCUCGUAUUUAAAAGUGUCACUUAUUAUUACAAUUGGUGUGCCAUAGUUAAAUGCUAAUUUUGAUUUUUUGACAAUUAUCUAAAAUAUGGAAGCCGAAGUAAUUUUGCAAAAUAUUUUUGGUAAAUACAAUGUUAUGGAAAUGCGAAAGACUUUACCGAAAACAUCCAAUACAAAUAUUUUGAGUACAACAGAUAGUAUAGAAAUUGUUAAGACCUACUUUCGCUACACAUUAAUACAAUCUGUUUGCGAAGAAAGUUUAAUAGACGACAGGAUAGGCCGCAUCGGACCGAAAGAAGUUAAGUUUGAUUUAAACAAUCGCGUUGGUUUGUUCCUAUCUUCGUCUAAUAGAAAUAGCAUCAUUGCUCAAGGAAAUUUUUGUACAAUAACAGCUAAUACUGGGAUUUAUAAGGAUAAAUGGAUGUACGAGGUACAGCUCGGUUCCAAAGGUAUAAUGCAAAUUGGCUGGGGAACUUUAAAUUGUAAAUACAAUAUAACGACCGGAGUUGGAGACACUCCCAAUUCUUAUUCAUACGAUGGCAGUCGUAUUAAAAAAUGGAACGUUAUUCCUUCUGAAUACGGAGAACUAUGGCUACCUGGAGAUAUCAUUGGAUGUACGUUAGACAUGAAUGAAGGAAUAAUAAGUUUUUAUAGAAAUGGAAGAAGUCUUGGCAAAGCAUUUGAGAAUAUAUCUAUGGGUCCUGGUAUGGCUUACUUUCCAGCCAUAAGCCUGACAUUUGGCGAAAGUCUCACAGCUAUUUUUGGAGAUAUUCCUUUUAGAUAUCCCAUAGAGGAUUAUCAACCCAUUCAAGUACCACCAGAAAUAGAAAUUGCACAAGCUUCGUUUUUAAUUCAUUGGAUUAACCAAAUCUUAGAUUACAUGAUUCAUUUAAAUGGUACCAGUGUCUUGGCUGAUAAUUCAAUGACGGUACAAACAUAUCUCAAUUGCAUUUUAGAGGAUUUGAUAAAGCAACUCAGUCCUUUGCUUACUAUUCAAUAUAUCAUCGAAGUUGUCUUCAUUCCUUUUUUAUACGAUAUUACUAACAUCAGAUCUGUUGGUGCUAAGAUUUCGCUUAAUUCUAACAAAGAUAGAAUCAAAGUAAUGACUUUCUUAGAUCUUCUAUGGACUUUCUUGGAAGACGAAGAAGUUAAAUAUUUAUUGGAAAAUGUUAUCAGCCUUCUUUAUUCACUGUUCAGACACAUUUCCUUUCAACCUGAAUGUUCGAAACAAUAUGAUAUUCUAGCAUUAUUAAUUAAUUUGUGUCUGCAUACACCGACUCGACAUUACUGUAUAAAUUAUGAGCUUUUUGAUCGUGUAAGAUUUUUCAAUUUUAUUUACAUUAAACCGAUGGAUGAUAUGGGUCUAGAAAAUAUCAUUCCUGAACCUUGGUGGGAAACCAAUCCUAUGGAUGAAGUUAUUAACUCAAGAAAGUUUAUGUACUUUAAAGCAUGCGACAACAUUAAAUUGUUAAUAAAAGAUUUAGAGAUGAUGCAAGUCUUGUUUAUAAAGAUUUUACUUACAAAUAACGAUGGUACUACCACUAAGGAAUCAUCGAGGAGUAUUUUUCUUAAAAAAUUUCAAAGCUUUGUUUACGAAAAUUUUCUUCGCACAAAACCGCAAUUACAUCAUAUUCCUUUGGCACUUAGUCUCUGUAGCUUUCAUCGACUUUUGACUGUGUUCAGAGAUUUAUGGAAUGAAGAAAUUGGAAUCGAUAAUAUUCAUAUUCCUUGCUCAUACUUCUACGACGAAACGAUCAAUUACUUUCAUAUCGAUAGAUUAGGUGGAGUAUUAAGCUAUUUGAAAAAAACCCAUAAACUGGAAUUGAUGAACAUUUUGGGUCCAAAACACAAAGUGUUUAAUUCUAUCGAACAAUCACAAAAUCGAUCUCGUUCCGCAAGAAGAGGGAAUUUUCGAACAUCUAUAUCCCUGUUUGGUCACAGAAACGUCGAAAAUGACAUGCAAAUGGAAUAUACAGAAAAUGAAAACCAAUUGCUACCGACUUUAGAAUCAGUAAACAAGCCCAAUUCCUUAUUAAUAUUAUUGGAUAGCCUUAUAUUAUUUUAUCAUGCGAUAGUAAAGAAACAAGUGUCCAAACUCAGCACUCUUCAAGAAAAUAUAAUUCAAUUUUCGACUGCUCUUUCAGAGAGUAAAAAACGAUUGAUAUUUAUUACGAAUUACCGUAGUAAUUUCUUUGAAAUAAUUCAACAAGAAUUAUUAAAUACUUUGAGAGUCUACAAUAAAAAAUUAUACGAAUUAUCAAGACAGAUGGCUUGGGUUCGUGCAACAGUAUUUUCAGAAGAAAAGGUAGCACAAAUUGGUUGGUUUUUAAAUGUAGUAACGACGACAUUGUGGUUAGCAGGCAAGGAAGGAAAUAUGUUUUGUUUUGUACCUGAAUUUUAUCUCGAUGCUCUUUCUGAUUUAUGCAAAGCUGUACGCACUGAAAUUCAUCCUAUUACGCCUCUUCAAGUGAUACCGAAUUAUCCGCAAAUCCUGUUACAAAUUAGCGAGUUUCUUUGUCGCCAUUUUAUGAAUCCACUGAUUAUUAAUGUUAAUUCGAAAGAGACACUAUUGCUAAUAUUUGCUGGAUUCGUAUCCCAUCCGCUUACGCUUAACACGUUAGAGAAUGUAACCUUGGAUAAUAGACUGAGAGUUAUUCGAAAUCUGUUAAAACCCUCAGAAAAUAAAUGUUGGGCUCAUUCCAGUUGGAUUCUCAUGAGAUUUUGGCAGGGCCAUGGAUUCGCAUUUCGUUACGAACAAAUUCCGCAUUUAAAUAAAAAAUCUGGACUAAAAUCAAUCCGUCUGCGAAAUCAGCAUCAUCCAAAACCUUGUCCUUCUAUAGUAUUUCAACUGCACAUAAGAGAUAGGCUCUUAGGAAAGUCGAAAAACACUGAACUAUUCUUAAAUUGUAUUUUGAAUCAAAUAAACUGGGCUUUCUCUGAAUUUAUUGGUAUGGUACAAGAAAUUUAUAAUUGUUCUUUGAGUACCGAAAGAAUAUUCAUUGAUUCAAGGCAACUUAGAAUUUGUUCAACGUGCUUCGAAGUAGCAGUCACGUCACUGAGAGUUUUAGAAAUGUUUUGUUUCCUGGCACCGACUAUAUUCAAUUGCGAAACUUUAUUAUGUAGAUUAUUUCAAUUAUUGUGUCAAAUAUUGAACAGGAUGAGUUCGAAAAACAAUACCUUUCAAGAGGUUUUGUCAUGGAGUAUUCCAGAUUUAGCAUCAUUAGAUUAUUUUCCACUAUUAACAGCAGUCAUCGGAAUAUUACUGAUAAUACUUAAAAAAGACAUGUCAUCUUAUAGACAAAAUCCUAAGAUGACAGUAUCUAGAGUUACGCGUUUGUUAUUAAUAGAACCCAGUUUUCAAAUGAGUUCCUUAUACUUCGUAUUAGGAGAAGUUAACUCACAAUCUCUAGAGAAAAAAAAUAAUUGCACAGAACGAUUCUCACUUUUAAAUUAUUUAGAUUAUGAAAACCUUAACGAAGACUAUAUAAAGGAUGAAGAAAUCAGCAAAGUCAGAGGAAUGUUGAAUUAUUUAGAUUAUUGUUAUAGUCAUUUACCAGAUUUAAAAAAUUUAACGGACGAUGAAAAUCUUUGUACCAUUUGUUACGCUUACCUAAAAAAUACGAAAUUCAUCCCUUGUGGUCAUAUGACUUGUCAUUUGUGUAUCAAUCGCCAUCUUCUCAAUACAAAAGAAUGCUUUUUCUGCAAGGCGAUAAUAAACAAAGUUGUUAAUAUUGACGAUACUUCUAAAAACUUAUUUAAGGAUUCAAUAAAGCAACUUUGAUUGUGA